AUGUGGAAGAAGAUUUUCAAAAGGGGGGUCAGUCGUAAAGGCAAAGCCAACAGUCUGAUUCACAGAGACAGUAAGGAGGGAACUGAACAAGAUGGCCGUGUUGAAGAUUUGCAGAGUGCACUAAGCAGUGCUGCGCAGAAUGGACAACUUGACCUCAUCCAAGAACUGAUCGGUAGAGGAGCCGAGGUGAAUGAAGUUGAUAAUGACGGUUUUACUGCAUUACAGCUAGCUGCAGGGACUAGUCAUCUUGAUAUUACCAAAUUUCUGAUCAGUCAAGGAGCCGAGGUGAAUAACGGCGGAAAUCUUAGUUUGACCCCGUUACGUUUAGCUGCAGGGAAUGAUUAUGGUCAUCUUGAGGUCACCAAAUGUCUGAUUAGUCAGGGAGCUGCAGUCAAUAGGAGCAGCAAUGAUGGUAGGACCCCAUUACAACAAGCCGCACAGAAUGGUCAUCUUGAUGUCACCAAAGUUCUGAUAAGUCAUGGAGCUGAAGUGAAUAAAGAUGAUAAUGAUGAUUAUGGUCAUCUUGAUGUCACCGAAUGUCUGAUUAGUCAGGGAGCUGCAGUCAAUAGGAGCAGCAAUGAUGGUAGGACCCCAUUACAACAAGCUGCACAGAAUGGUCAUCUUGAUGUCACCAAAGUUCUGAUAAGUCAAGGAGCUGAAGUGAAUAAAGAUGAUAAUGAUGAUUAUGGUCAUCUUGAUGUCACCAAAUGUCUGAUUAGUCAGGGAGCUGCAGUCAAUAGGAGCAGCAAUGAGGGUAGGACCCCAUUACAACAAGCUGCACAUAAAGGUCAUCUUGAUGUCACCAAAGAACUAAUCAGUCAAUGUGCUGACUUUAACCAGACUAAUUCUGAUGGUUGGACUGCAUUACAUUUAGCUGCUAGUAAAGGACAUCUUGAUGUUGUCACAGAGUUAAUCAGUCAAGGUGCUGAUGUCAAUAAGGCUAGUGACAACGGAUGGUCAGCCUUAUACCUUGCCGCAGCUGCUGGUCACGUUCGUGUUUCAAGUGCCUUGCUUAGUCAGCAAGCUGAGCUGGCCACAUCAAAUAUAAUUCAUUGGACGGAGUUUCAUACCGCUACAGAGAGAGGCGAUCUUGAUGCCAUUAAAGAUCAAGUCAGUCAAGGAACCGAGCUGGAUAAAGCUGGUUCUUUUGGUUGGACAGCCUUACAUAUUGCAGCAAAUUAUCUACUUGGACAAGGAGCUGAAGUAGCCAAAGGAGGCGUUGAUGAUAUCUCGCCUUUGCAUGUUGCUGCAUUUGUUGGCCAUUGUGACGUUACCGAGCAUUUGCUUAGGCGAGGAGCCAAGGUCAACGGAGCCACCAAGGAAAAGGGUUCUACAGCCCUUCAUGUUGGAGUGCAGAAUGGUCAUCUCGAUAUCACAAAAUGCUUGCUCAACCACGGAGCCGAAAUUGAUGCGACAGAAAAUGACGGUUGGACUCCCUUGCACAUUGCUGCUCAGAAUGGUCACAUCGAUGUCAUGAAGUAUCUACUUCAGCAACUUGCAGAUGUUAGCAAGAUUACCAAGAAGGGAUCAUCUGCAUUGCAUUUGUCUGCUACAAAUGGACAUACAGAUGUCACACGGUAUCUAUUGGAGCACGGAGCUGAAGUGAAUCUGAGUAAACCUGGGAAAACUGCGUUGCAACUCGCUGCAGAACAAGACCAAGUGCAUGGGAUGAGUCCAGAUACGUGUUGUGCUGAAGGGCAGAAACACCCUUCUUUCACAAAUGGUCGUGCAGAUACUGAGGGUUUAACAGAAGACGAGAAGAAGGUAUUUAAUUUAGUAUUCCUAUAG